AGCUAUGACGCCUUUUAGUCACGUGUUACUCUGCAGUUUACGCCCUUCUUCCGCCCCAACUGACGGAGUGUGUGUGUGCAACCAAGAUGGCGGUGGAAGAGCUUGUAGGAGCGCAUGACAGCCGGCACUGAGCGGAGAGGAGGGGUGGAGGACUGAGCCGUCACGAUAGGCAGUGGUAUUGUAAGAGUUAACAGAAGGAGGGCGCAAGUGAUCAACUACAGAGGGAGUGAGGAAAUAGUCGGAGGUGCCCUUGAGGAGGGUGUGAGGAAGAGACACAGAGGAUAGCAAGAGGCGCCGGGCCCCAGCUGGUGCCAUGUUCUCAGUGCUUUCUUGCGGCAGGUUGGUGGCCAGAGCGGUGCUUGGGGGCCUGUCUCAGACUGACUCACGGGACUAUAGCCUGGUUACUGCAAGCUGCGGCUUCGGGAAGGAUGCCCGGAAAGGAAUACUAAAGAAAGGCAUGUGCUACGGAGACGACGCUUGUUUUAUUGCUAGGCACCGGACGGCGGAUGUUUUGGGUGUUGCUGAUGGAGUGGGUGGAUGGCGGGACUAUGGUGUUGACCCUUCUCAGUUUUCAGAGACUCUGAUGAGAACUUGUGAACGUUUGGUAAAAGAGGGACGUUUUGUGCCAACCAGCCCUGUUGGAAUUCUCACCUCAAGUUACUGUGAGCUGCUUCAGAACAAAGUUCCUUUACUAGGAAGUAGCACUGCUUGUCUAGUUGUCCUAGACAGAACAAGUCAUCGUUUACACACAGCAAAUUUAGGAGACUCUGGAUUUCUGGUUGUUCGAGCAGGUGAAGUUGUACAUCGGUCAGAUGAACAGCAGCAUUACUUCAACACUCCAUUCCAAUUGUCUAUAGCCCCUCCAGAAGCUGAAGGAGCAGUGCUAAGUGACAGCCCUGAUGCUGCAGAUAGUAGUUCCUUUGACGUUCAGCUAGGAGACAUUAUUCUCACUGCAACUGAUGGGCUGUUUGACAACAUGCCUGACUACAUGAUUCUUCAGGAGCUAAAGAAGUUAAAGAAUGCAAACUAUGAAAGUAUACAGCAGACGGCACGCAGCAUUGCUGAACAAGCACACGACUUGGCCUAUGAUCCUAAUUAUAUGUCACCUUUUGCACAGUUUGCAUGUGACUAUGGGCUGAAUGUAAGAGGUGGAAAACCAGAUGACAUCACUGUUCUCCUGUCAAUAGUAGCUGAAUAUACAGACUAGAGCGCUUGAGGCAUCAUCCGCUUUUCCUUUCCCCUUUGCCUACUCUAGAACUUUUAAUGCUAUGUUGCACUGUCUCCUGCUGGCAGGAUUGCAGUUUUUCACCGAUUUCAUUGGCCAGUUGUACAAGCGGCUCGAUGCUGUGUAUGUAUUUAGUUUGACUGAGUUCAUCACAAACCACUACUGUCUAAUCAAUGAUCCAUCAGAUAGGAAAGUGAAAGGUCUUACAUGGGGAAAAAAAAAAACCAUCGUCAAUAGGGUUUGGGUUUUUUUUGUUUGUUUGUAUUUUUUUACUAUUGUUAAAGGGAAACUAAUUAAUUCACCCCUUCAAAUUUGCACCUGUAUAGUAACCAGUGAUCAGAGGUUCGGUAUAUCUACUUACAUCAGAUCUUUGCAAAUGUUUAUACACAAUGUUAGCACUUACUUUUCCAGCACCCCCCUGUCAUGUCUCAUCCCAAUUCUGGUGCCAGAGACAGAUAAGCGCUGGAGAGAAUGACUUCCCAUUGCACUUGCAAGGUGUUUGUGUACAAUGCAAUGUACAGUACACUGAAAUACUACAUCCAGGAACUGGGGAGUGUGUAAUCAUUUGCAUUUAGCUGUUGUCCAUGCAAAUACAUACUGCAACUCUGCAUUAAAGGGGAACUGUCACUAUUAUAAAACAACUAGAAGAGUAAGAGUGCAGACCUAUGCACAGGGAUCUCCUUCUUAGUACUGACUUCCCCAAUUGCUUAUCAGUUGAAAAGUAAUGAAUGAAAAGUUAUUUUUAUCGAUACAUGUUCAACUUUAAAAAUGGGAACAGUUACUUCCCACUGCAUCUAAAACACUCUUGUUUCCCCUUUUAUGGUGGGGCUGACAGAGUAUCUGCAGAGUCACCACGUGUUAUUGCUAUCCCAAGCAUCCAGCCUCUACUUAGCUGUAAGUGUUACGGCUGCUCUAACGGUAUGCAUAUCAGCUUGUUGGUUCCUUCCAACAUGGGAAUUGGUAUUUCUAUGGGGAAUUAACUGAAAAGCCAUGUUUAUGUACAAAUAAAUAUAUAUUUCUGGGAAUUAUAUAAAUUGUAACAAUGUCAAUAAUAUUUUGGGACUACAUUUCUUAUCAAACAUUCUGUGUACUAAAAAUGUCUCUCAAAUGUUAUUGGACAUAUUUCAUUGUAUUAUCGGUGUGGUGUGUGUCACGUUACCUCAAACUGUACUUUUUUUUAGUGAAAUUGUACUGUAUCUGCAUAACCAUGUCCAGCUUUUAUUUAAACACUUUUCAACAUGUACUAUGUACAUGUCAUAACAGUUGUGUGUCAUGCUUGUAACAGGCGGAUAAAUUUCAGUGGUAAUGAGCUAUUCUUUUAAAUUAAGAGGGACCUAUGCCCUACCAUUCUUUUAUAACUUAAUGUAAAAUUGCUCAGAAUGCUCUUUUGAGCAUAUUUUAUAAAUAUUAUAGUAUAUAUAAGAUAUACUAUAUAUGUGUGUGUGUGUGUGUUAUACACAUUAAUAUAAUAUGCGCACACUGUGUGUACAAUACACACCUAUAUAUAGUGUAUAUAUACUAUAAUGUAGUCUGAGCCCCCCCUGUUUGGCUGAAGUGACGGCCAAGCAAUACCUCCCUAGUCAAUGUGACAGGAGCGAUAGAACUGAGCAGGGGGGCAUCUGGGGUUGCUUCCCGACUGUAAAUAUUUCUGAUAUUAACAACGUAACAACUAUGAAUAUCCUGAAAUCUCUAAAAUCUCAAUAAGGUAAAAUGCUCUCAAGAGCACUAUGAGCAAUUUUAUAUUGUUAUAUGUUGGUUAUUGGUCCACUUUAAGAAAAGCAUAUUUUGUCCUUGAGGUCACUUUAAAAUAUUUCUUCAAUUGCCUUAACUGCCCUUAACUUGACAAGAGCGACAGCACUGAAAUUCAGCAUCUAAAGGCUGAGCUUAUGUUAAAUAAUGGUUGAGGUAGAAGGUGGCAUUUGUAACGAUUGUCUUUCGCUGGAUAUUUGAUGUGUCUGCACACCCUGGCUUCAUAGAUGAGAUAUAGCUUGGUGCUCAGUCAGGGGGAUCAACACCCCCUCCAAUGCAAUGCAAUAUGAAAUCAGGCACGCUGGGGCAGUUCCAAGCAGGCAAGUCCCCUGUGUUUGUGUCACAUUGUAAUGUAAUAAAACACAGGGGAUUAUUGCCGCUUGGAAUUGCCCCAGUGUGCCAGUUGGUUGCUAUUAGUUCCCAUAGGCUCCAUGCCCAUAUACAUGGGCACCAGUGUUAUCUCUAUGCCAUGCUCAGCCUUUGGGCUGCUAAAACUGCUUCUCACUGUUUGCUUGCACAUACAUAGUCUGCUAAUGGCCCCAGGGUUGGCACCAAACAUUCACACUGAGGAAUAAAUGCUCAAAGUAUGUUGGCAGGUUGGAAGCUAAGUUAGGAGUGUCACUGUUGUUUGAGCUGUACCACUGGCCUACAAUGGUCCAAAUAAUCAGUGAACAGUAUGGAAACAUCUGUAGGUAGUGUCUUGCUAUGGUGUCUGGAGGAGUGUAUAGGAAUGCUUUCUGCAGCAGAACUGUGGAUUAAAGGGCCAGUAAUACACAUGACUUUCUAUUCAAUAGAACAUCAAGGGGGAUAUUUAUCAUACUGUGUAAAUAGUGGAGUAAAACAUUACUGGUGAUGUUGCUCAUAGCAGCCAAUCAAAUGCUUGUCUUUGGUUUUCUAACUGUUCUAAUCUAAUUGCUGAUUGGUUGCCCUGGGCAACAUCACCAGUAAUGCUUCACUCUACUUUUUACACAGCAUGAUAAAUAUACCCCUAAGUCUCUUGCAGUCUGAUCCUGAUUAUUAUGUUUUUACUGGAGCAAAGAAAGGAGGGGAGAAAUUAUCCCCAAGAAAAGAAAUAGAGCCCACACCUUAGCUUGUGUGUGUAGGUCAUCAGGAAGGGAGUGAAAAGAGUGAUGAGAAUCCUGUUUAAAUUAAUGGCUGAGGCCUUCACAUACAUUUGCCUUUUUCCAGGUGUCCUGGCAGUUUCAGUUUUCUUCCUUCACUGCAAGUUCUUCUUAUUGGCAGAAUCUAUUGCUAUAUAUCAGUUGUCGCUCAUGGGCCUAUGUGACAUGGCCUCAAUCUAUAGCUGAGAUUUCAGUAUCUCUAAGGAGCGGCCAAUGUGGUAGCUCCUACUUUAACAAAUAACCAAAAAUAAUGCAGACUCUUCUAUUCCACAGUGGUUUUACUGGUCAGAAAAUAUAGAAAAUGUAAAACCUACUUAUAGGGAUAUAUAUUCUCUUUAAAGUUGAUACACAGACAUCAAAUGUAACCUUUUGCAUUAGAAGUGCAUUAUGGCUUUUUAAUUGGAUUUUUUUCACCUAAAGCAACAAAACCAUACUCCUCAAAUACUUCUGUCUGCUACAGUUUAGCUUACUUCAUUGACUGGGAAAUGUAGCCUUGUGUCAAAUUUAGGCUUGACACCAUGCCUGUUCUGAGACGUUACUGGUACUUUGGUUCUGGUCUGACCCAAAUCUUAGAGGUCACAUGAGUUGGCGUAAGCCUUUACAAUGCCUGCCUCCUGUUUUCUUGGAUGUAAUUUGCAGGUGACCCGAGGCACUUGGGUUUUUUUGUAGCAAUUUCCUCUAGUUUAUUGACAACAUGAGCAAGCAUACAAGGCAGUGGCAGAUCAUAGAGCAAUAGGCAGGGGCAUGGCAUUUGGCCAGUGGAGCAGUUGCGGGUCUCUGUAAGUGCGGCCUUAAUAGUGUCCCCAGUAUUGUUGGACUGGGUCUAUAUAUUCAGUGUAAUGUGGCAGCUGACACCAUACCAAGAGCACAAGGGGAGUCUGUACUGAACUGGGAAAAUGCUACAUAUGGGGCAAGGAAGGUGCCACUCAUUUCUAUGUAAAGGUCCAGCAUAAAUUGCCCCCUGCUGGGUCAGUAAUGGCCUGACACUACCAGACUAAAUAAGGUUUUAUGAAAGAAGAGAACUACUGAUUAGGGGCUUUUACUGCUGGUUGUAGCUUUAUGGUACCUUUAAUGGUAAAUAGAAAUGGCAGCAAUUUUAGCCUUUGUACAGCACCCUGACUCGGUUCUACAUGCUUUUACUGUAAAAGCAACUGAUUAUUUGGAAUAUCAUGCAUUUGCUGCCCCAAGUUGGAGGCAUUAACCAUCUAGAGUUUGUUAUUUUUGGGGGCAAGUAUGUCACGAUGUGACCCGGAGCUUCUAGCCAGGAAUAUGCAAAUGGAUGCCAUAUUAAGUUCCUAAAUCUGCAGAAAUACCCCCCCCCUCCCCACCACCACCACCAAAGCAAAGUCUAGGACCUUAAACUGGGCAUAGUGUAGCAACCAGCACACUGGGUCAAUUAUGGAUGAUCUGGUCAUCUGGGCCAACCAUAGGAUCACCAUGGCGUCUGAAGAAUACACAGAUCAAUGUGUUGACCCAGUCCUUGCCUGGCUGGAUUUGCUAACCUAUGUUUUAGAUAUCCAGCCAAUUUUCUGACCGGUAUUGGCUAUGCAAGCUGUUUGGAGGGCCCCCUACAUGGGCUAGGAAGGUGCCAUCUCAGUCUGGAGGGGCCGAUUCGGCAUGUUUUGUUGUCCCAUGUAUGGGCAGCUUUACAUGACGAUUCCCAGACAGGUUUAUUCAUGUGUUGUCUCAUGUUUUCCUCUUUGUUUUGUGUGAUAAUUCCUCCUGCUGUUUCCCGCAUGUAUUUUAUGCAAUUCUUUAUCAGCUCUGUGUUCUGUAGUCACUGAAACCCUCCUUGCGAAUGAUCAAAGAUGGAUUUACCAUUAAUCGCAUUUUCUCUUGCCAGAACACCAAAGACAUGUACAGCGAAUGAAUAGCUUUCCAGCUCUGUGUAUAAAGCAAUACUGUAGUAUAAGAACUCCUAUUUUUAUCAUUCACCAUAAAAUCAGCAUUGUGUAGUAGAAGCACUGGGGUGCCAGCGGAUGUGCCAGUCUUGGUUUUGCACAUUGCCACUCAGUGUGAAUGUCUCUGCCUGAUCUCUUCCGCUAACGCUGUCUGCGCACAAACCAAUCUUAACACAUGCACUUUUUUUGUUUUGAAAGAGUUAAAAGGUAAUUGUGUGAUCAAAUGUAUUGAAUCAUUUAUUCUAACUGUACAUAACCCAUUGUAUUGCCAGGGCUGAUCCAUUGUGGUGGGUGGGGAGUCACAAGUGAAUGUUGUGUGUAGGUGGUAGAAAAGGGAUAUUUGGCUUAUUUAAUGCUGCUUUAUCAGUAUGUCACUACUUUGUAUUAAGGGUAAAAGGUGCGAGUGGCUGUUUGUCGCUGAGUGAUGAUGUAAUGAUGAUGUAAUAUAGGCAACCGUGACUGAUAACAGUUUGAAUGUUUUCUUAACCUUAGCAAAUUCCACAUGGUGUCAGAGUCUUUCCGCUUAAGGGUUCGUUGAGUUCAUAAGUCUGAUUAGAUUAUGAACUUACUUACUGUGCGGCACUGUGCCGAGACCCUGGCAGUUUGUUACACUGUCGGAGACCCACCUUCCAAUGUUUUUCUAAACACCUUUAUGUGGAUGUUGAGAGUGAGGGUACAGAAGACAUGUAUUUGCAUACUUGACCCCUCCCCCUCUUUUUUAUGCCAUUGUAUAUUUCUUAGGCAAAUGUCUUCAACUGAUGUAUGAAGUGUCACUUAAAUACAGGAAUAGCUUUGUAAAUAAAUUGAAACUGUAAGAAAUUAUUUAAUAAAUAUAGUAUUUAUAUUAAAAA